AUGCCGCGACCCAAGAAGAAACCUACGUGGUGGGGAGAUCCUGGAACUCAAGCUGUUGUUCGACGAGGACUUCUCUAUCUCAUCAGAAACAUCUACGGUGGGAUACCGUCAAGCGUGAAAGUCCGCCUGAAACACAAGGCAAAGAAUGCUUUUUAUCAGGAUCAGAACAGCGAGGAAGAGAGCACGAGAAUGAGGUCUACUUCAGAGGUGGAAUAUUGCGGUGCAUGUCAAGAAAUCUACGGCAAGGUAGAUGAUUACUCAAGUUGCCUAUCAACUACAGAUACAAGUCCACAUAUAAAAAUCGUCCCCGAAAAGAAAAUUCCUGUGAUCUCAAAGAGAAAUAUCUUAGGUGAGUCCGCACAAGACUGCUCCGAAAUCAGUUAUUUUAGCGAUAAAGAAUGUCUUAUCAAACUCCUUCAACAACUUUAUCCCGAGGUGGCCAACUGUCUUAGACAAGCUGAUCAUACUAGUUCUGUCUACCUCGAAGACCUCUGUGCUUGUUUAUUAGCUAUAUAUGAGGCUAUAGAAACUCCAGAAACCGAAAAUGAUCUUAAAUACUGUCUCUUGCAGUUUAUUGAGCAACUUUAUCCAGAUUUGUCUAAUUAUAUUGCGAAAAAUACUUCAAAUGCAUCCGCAAGAGGCAUGAUUAACAACGCGUGUAAAGAGAAUAUGCUCUGCGACUGCGAUGAUAAAACAGAGGAAGUUGGAGAGUUCAACACCGAGUCAACAAUGGAGGAACUAACUUCAGACCUAUCGAUAACAUAUGACGUUGAGACUGAAGAUAGCCAAGAUAUUCUCGAUGAAUGUCUAAUGGAAUUAACUCAAAGAAUUUGCGCUGAAUUAGCUGAAGACACUAUAGAAUCCACAGAAAGUAGUGAAGAAUGUGACUGUGAAGAAGAUGAAGAAGAACUUCUAGACACGAGUGAAGAAGCCGAUGACGAAGUGGUUAACGAUUGUGCAACUUAUGCCGAGAUUGCUGAGUGUUUCAGAAAUUGUCUCGUGGAAUUAAUUCCAAAACUAUGGCCUGAAAGGCCAAACUGCUGUAACCAAAGUGGAGGCCAAACAUGCAAAUCAACAGUCUGUAUUCCCACUCAAGCUCCAAAAGUUGAAAGCCAAGUAAGAACUUGCCUACCACAACCUUGUACUGAGUCGCCCUGCUGUAUCAAUCAAUCUGCGACCUGUCCAAGUAACAGGAGUGAGGGAUAUAAAGAGACAUGUGAGAUCAAAUGUGCACAAGCGACCAACGAUUCAACUUGUAAUGUCUGUGUUCCCACUCAAGCUCCAAAAGUUGAAAGCCAAGUAAGAACUUGCCUACCACAACCUUGUACUGAGUCGCCCUGCUGUAUCAAUCAAUCUGCGACCUGUCAAAGUAACAGGAGUGAGGGAUAUAAAGAGACAUGUGAGAGCAAAUGUGCACAAGUGACCAAAGAUUCAACUUGUAAUGUCUGUGUUCCCACUCAAGCUCCAAAAGUUGAAAGCCAAGUAAGAACUUGCCUACCACAACCUUGUACUGAGUCGCCUUGCUGUAUCAAUCAAUCUGCGACCUGUCAAAGUAACAGAAGUGAGGGAUAUAAAAGCCAUAAGAAUGGUGAUUGUGAGAUUGAACUUGAUGAUGUGUUUCUCGUGAAGUGUAUACUUCAACUCAUUCAACAGUUAUGCCCAGAAUUGAUUGAAAGUGUCAUGAAAGGAUCGAAGCCCAAGGAAGAAGUAUGCAAAGUAAAUUUGAGUGGAGAAUGCCGUAAUCAAGAAGGAUUUGCUGUCGCAGAUAAACAGAAGUGUGAUGGAGCUGAAUCAGAAACCGAUUUGGAAGGUCUCAACAAAUGCUUUGCACAAUUGAUUCAAUACCUCGACAAUGAAAUGACGCCUUGCGUUGAAAACACAAAGAAGGUUAAAUUCGUUGAAUGUAAAGUUAAAGAAACAGAAAGUGCAAAAAUUACCUGUGGUCAAUGCAAUCAAAGUAGAGAAGAAAUACCAGCUGAGCUGAUUGAAGAGAUACUAGUAAAGUGCUUCUUGCUUCUCAUCAAGCAAAUGUAUCCAGAAAUGUUCAAUUGUAUAAUGCAAUCUACUGGAGCUAAGAUUGACACUGGCUUUAAAAGAACUAUGGGAGUGAGCGCCAAGCAUGAAAUUCAGAAAUUAUGUGAAAAUGAACAGAAUAUUUGUUGGAGACAGUCAGAUAAUCUAACCACUAACAAAGAAUGCGGUAAAAAAUCAGAAUGGACUGAAGAGGCAUUAAGAAGGUGCUUGCUGGAACACGUCCAACAAUUGAUUCGGGAAAUAGAUUGCUGUCCCAAAGUAACCGCAGACAAGACUCUAACUACAGCAACGGGAACGUCUUACAAGGAAUGUUGCAAAGAAAACAACGAUCCUGCUGCAGAAUGGAAUAAAGAAGAUAUAAGAGAACUUUUAAGACUUGUUCAAAAACUUUGUCCGGAACUAGCUGACUGUAUCAGGGGGUGUGAAAGUGGCAAAGUAUCAGAUCCUGACCAAUGCGAUGAGGAGGAGUCGACUUUGGGUGAAAAUGAUCUCAUAGAUAGCCUUUUCCAAUUCAUGGACCAAACUAAUCCCAAACUAUGUAAUUACUCCGAUGGAAGUGAUACAGAAACUGAAUGGGAUGAGGAAACAAUGCGCAAUUGUUUCCUAAAGUUCGUUGAAGAACUCUAUCCUGACUUGGCCCCCUAUACCAAGCAAUCCCUAGGGGAAAUCAAUAAGGCGGAGGAAGAGUGUGAAAUGCCACAGAAAGUCACUCAAGACUUUAUACAAUGUGAAAAUAUGGUAUGUGAUGAAAGUAAGAUGGUGAGUAAAGACAAUAGCGUUCGGGAAUGUCUUGAGCAGUUUGUGCAGCAAAUAAGCCCUGAAUUGGCCGACUGCAUCAAAAAAUACAAUGAUUGUAAUUCCACUGAAGCUGAAAUCAGUGAUAUCAGCAUUUUAGAGGUCAGUGAAGCUUUAGAAGCGUCUUUGAGUGACGGUGAUAUCAAAGACUGUCUGGUGAAAUUAGUUGAUUUACUCUGUCCUGACUUAGGCAAAUACAUAAGAGAGUCUGACAAGAGCUGUGACCCUUGUGAACCUGAAGGAACUUUGGUAGAUAUUUCGGAAGGAUCUGAAUGUGCUAGCAUUGAAGAUUCUCUGAGAGAUAGCUUCAUAAGCUUUAUUGAAGAAGCAUAUCCGGAACUGGUGGAUUGUAUUAAGCACAUAAAAAAAGCCACCAAUGAUGAUGAUGAGGAGGAGAGUGAAAUCGAUAGGGACGAAACCACAAUAGAUGAAUCGAUUUUUGACGAAGUCAAAACCGAGGAAACUAUGAAUGUAAACAUUGGUGAAGAGAGUCAGGCAGGAGUUCUAUCUAUUUUUGAACAACUCGAAGACGAAGAAGAGAAGUCAGAAAUGACGAUAACUCCUGAUCAUUUUACUGAGGAUGUUCAACUAGUAUCAGGAGAGCCUGACUACAGCAAGAAUUUUAAUGGAGAGUAUGGAAUGACUGUAAGUUGUGGCGCCGAUGAUAAUACUGAAGCACAAAGCGUGAAUUUUUCGCAGGAAAUAAGUAUUAUUGAUGACAUUCACCCAUUAACUUCCAUUAAUGAGACACAAACUGACCUCACCAGUGAAGAUAUUUUCGAGGAUUGUUUCAUGCAACUUUUGAAACAGUUCGAUGCUGAUUUAGCUUGCUGCAUUAUGGAAAACUUACCUGAAAGUUCAAGUCUCCAAAUAGAAGAUUCCAAUGUAUCCGGUGAUGUGAUCUCGGGACAACCGAAUGAAUCACAAGAAAAUUCUGAAAAUCCUCCAAAAGUGAAAUUUUCUUUAUUUGAAGAUAACACACCCAUGUUUGAUGAAAACACUACAAAUGGGUUUACCUCAAAUCUUGAAUAUCCGAUGGAAUCUCAUGAGUUAGUUGAGAAAACUGACGACCUGGUGACUGAUGAAAACUUAUCUAUGGUAUCGGAAGUUAUUUUAGUUGUAAAUGAGAAUACUACUAUGGAAGAAAGAAGUGCCUUAACUGACGAACUUUCUGCAACUAAAAUAGGAGAACUUUUAAACCCAGGAGUCCUAUCUUCUGACUUCAGUCAAGUUGAACCAAGUACCAACCAAAAUAUCACAUCGCACACUAAUACUCAAUUUGAGGAUUCUGAUAUCAAUGCCAUAGGGCAGAAGGAGGAGGAAGGAACACUUUUCGAUUCUAUCUUCGACGAAAUCCUUUACGCUACCGAACAGGAAGAAAGCAAAUGCGGUGUAGACUCAGAAAGAGUGCAAGGAGAAGAAUGCGAAAGCACUACAGAAGACGUUAUGGUUGAAAAGAGCGUGCCAUUAUUCGAAUAUGGAGAAUGUGACGGAAAUGUUGAGAGUCCGAUUAUGAAAGAGAAGACAUGCAACCAGGCAGAAAUUAACGAACAACUCUACCAGGAAUGGAUCAAAUGUGCAUCUGGAAUGGACAUAGAAUCUGUAGAGAUGAAUGGUGACGAAGAUGAUGUGGCUAAAGAUUGUAGGAUUGAAUCAGUGGAAUCCGAAACAUGUGAAGGAAAUUAUGGCGAUUGGGAUGAAUUGCGAGUGUGCUUGUUAGCAAUUGCCGAUGAAUUCUAUCCUGAACUUGCUAACUGUAUCAGAAAGUGUCUAGCUGAAGAAGAGAAGGGAGGUGUGGCUUCUGAAUUCGAAGCUGAUCGACGUAAUAUGCAAAUGUGCCUGGAAAAUUUCGCAGCCAAGUUCUACGCCAAACCGGAACAAGAUGACUCUGUUUCUGGUGUGAAAAAUGUAGAAGAAAUGUAUACCCCAACUGUUAAGUAUAUCCAACAACUAAUUCUUGACUUCGCACAAAUAUUCCAUCCCACGUUAGCACAUAGUUUGCAACAACAGUAA